AAAGAUUCACUGCUCCAGUAUCAAACAAGUGUUCCCCCAACAUGAGUGGGGAGUGGAUUGAUUGAUUGAUCACAGCCCGAGCUGCUGCUGGUGGCCGCCCGCCGCUCUCCUCCUCCUCUGCCUCCCUCACCUCCGCUUCCUCUCCCUCCUCUCAGCGCGGAGCAAGCUGAGAUUCCCUCCCCCGGCGUCAAAUCACGGGCGGGAGGAGGAGCUUCGCCUGGGGGAAGAAGGGGGGAGGUGGCGCGAGGGCAGGGAGAGGACGCAGCUGCAUCCGGCAUGUCGGGCGAGGACGUUCGCAAGGUCUCUUGCGAGGACAUACAGAUCGUUCAAAAUCUUAUAGAGGGCUGUCUUCAGCUGUAUAUGAACCAGAAAGAAGUGGUUGAUGCCCUCUCCCUCCAGGCAAAAAUAGAGCCCACCGUUACUGAACAUGUUUGGCAACAACUUGAGGAACAGAAUCCUGUGUUUUUCAAGGCAUACUAUUUGAGGCUAAUGCUUAAGAAUCAAAUAAUGGCCUUCAACAAGCUGCUUGACAACCAGUUCCAGAUUAUGAAUAAAGAGUUUCCUUCAGGGAUCCCUUCUGCGUCUCUUCCUAAUGGCUCAAAUUCCAACCCAUUGAAGCAAAAUUCAUGCUUUUUGCCAGAGACUGCUCCCGGAUCUGCAAUGCCAGAUGGUAUAAUGUGCAAUGGAAGUUCAAGUGGUAUAAUAAAUGGCACACCAUCUGGUGAUCAAUUAAUUAAUGCUGGCAAAGACAUGCAUGGUCUUCACAGUGGAAUAGAUGCUUCAAGUAAUCUGCAGGUAGCGCAGAAUGCUACUGCUGUGAUGUUUGGUGUAGACAAUGGGACAAUAAUAAAGACGGAGUCUGGCUAUUCAAGUAAUGCUGAUUUUGCUUUCUGCGGGAAUACAUUCCUGGAAUCAUGCCAGUCAAUAGGUGACGCAUCUGGUGGAUCCUUUAGUAGCUCAGAGUUGAAUGGGCAACAACUGAAUGAUUCAAUUUUAGAUAUUGAAUCAUCAUCAUUUGGCUUCUUGAGCCAGAUUCCCCAAAAUUUUAUAUUUUCAGACUUGGCAGAGGAAUUCAGCCAAAGUGCAGAAAUGUUGGAGAAUUAUAAUAAAUCACCAUUCUUCGCUUCUGAAACAAAUAACUUCUCGGAUUCUACAGGGGGAGAUCAUACAGGUUGAGCAGCCAUGCGCGGUCCACCGGCCAUUUGUACAUACUCUCAUGGGCAGGCAAUUUUCCAUUUGAUGAAGAACUUGAGCAACUUUUGAGUUAGCUGCUUAUUUCCAGUUUUUUUGUCUUAUAUUGUGGUAGUUUGGAUUGUGUGGGUUGCCUACUACAUCAGAGGGCAUAAUGGAUUGGUCUCCCAGUAUGCUUUCUGAUAGUAUUGUAGUCUAGUCGCUCCUUGUACGUUGUUGUGCUUCUGUAAGAUAAUCCUUAGACGCAGCGAUGUUUCCACUUGCUUAUUAUUGGCUCAUGUUCUUGGCUUGUACAACAAAAAUUUAUUUUAUCCCAAGCGAGUGCUGUAAUCAGGUUUUGGCUUGUGAA